GUCCUUUUGUUCCCUACGGCCCCACGUGGCGCUUCAGCGCCUGCACGAGCUCCUGAAUGUCGUUGGUCUCCAUGUACCGAAUGUAUGUGAACAGCAACGACCUGACGUAGGCACGGGAACAAUCAGUUCAUGCACCAUCCCACCCAUCCCAUUUGUUUCACUAUCUACCUGUCUCUGUCUAUCUGCCUGGCGUCACUGUGCAGCCUGUCCCGUUCUGCGUCUGUGAUCCAGCCGUCCUCGCACAGGGCAGAGAAGAGCGCAGUCAGGUGACUCCUCCUGCACACAUCACACAUGACCCCCACAGCACAUCGACUCCUCCCUGCCUGUCUGUCUGCGUACAGGAGGAAGUUGUGCAUUCUUCCCAUCGCAGCGGCCCUCUUCUGCUCUGCAGAGACAUCAUCCGUCCGCACAGACGUGGUCGCCGACGAGGCAGACUGGACGGCCCGCCGGAAGGGCCCCUCGCCACCAUCCCCCUGCCCACGGAAAUCGACAGUAAUGCGCAUCGGCUCUUGUGCCUGUUCGGGUGAGACGGGCGCAGGGGGGGCAGGGGAUGGCUGGGAAGCAACAGUCGGCACAUCAGGAGACGCAGGCACGGUCGUUGGCAAGGUUGAAGGAGAGGUCACACGUCUCUCGACGGGCGGCGGUGUGCCGUCAAGGAACUCCAGCACCCCUUUCCCCUCGAUGGAUAUAUGAUAGAGGUCGUCCAGUCGCCGUGGCUGGGCCGCCCCAGCGGGUGUGCCGCGGAUGGUGCGAUUGGUGGAGUUCAUGUACUUGGGAGUCAUGCAAUAGGGCAGGUCGUCCUGCUCGAAGGAGGUGCGAUGGGGGUGGAUUGUGCGAAGCUUCUCUUGGACGGUGAUGGGCAAGGGGUGGUGGAACGAAAAGGUCAUAUACGACCUUCGAUGGGCGGCGGAAUAUCCGUGGUCACGCGCAGACAGCCCUGUGCGUCCCAAGGAAGAAAGACACACAGAGAGAGAGUACAAUGACAAGGCCUCAAAAUGCGAGUGAGUGUUCGCCUUACCGAGAGGGAACUUCUCGAAGGUCUCCUGGUGAGCGUAGAGAGCACAUGCAUACAGUACGUUGUCAAAAAGAAAGAACCAGGCAAUUCCCACCCAUGUCUGUCACUGUGCCGAGCUCACCGAGAAUGUUUCGUCCCCAGAAACGCCGUGACUCAUCCCCACUCUGUGCCGUCAGCCCCUCCCUUGACCAGCAGGAAGGCGCAAUUAGGGUACUGAAGGGUAGAGCCCGAAAAGGGCGCGUGAAUGGAAGUUGAU